AUGGCGACCUUGGCCAGCACCCGGAUGGCCAACGACCACCCGUCGCUUCAUCACACUCGGUCCAGCUACGGCCCAUGGACGGGCCCCACUGGCACCAGGGCCACUGCCACUGGUGAAACGCCUGUUCCCGACACCCUCGACUCUCUGACCCCCAAGCGCUCCUCCUUAUUGCACCGGUCGCACCAGUCCCGACGAUCCGUUCCAAGCUUUCACAUCCCCAGCCUCCAGAAUCUCACAGCUGCGGCUUCAGCUUCGACCCCGGCUUCAACUUCGAAAACAUCCGCAAACCGCAAUUCGGCACCAGAAGUCGCAUUCUCGCCCAACGUCUCAUCGGGUCCCAAUGCCGGGAAACCUCAGCAAUACCCUCUCUCCCCUGUACUUCGCCCUGAUGUGAAAAGCACCAUGCCAUCGAGCGUGGCAUAUUCCGAAACGAGAACCCUGGCGAGCGAUCAUGGUCGCGCCGUAAACGGUGCUUAUCGAUUGGGGUCCCACACCAACAACACCCCGGAGAUGGACGAUGGGCGCCCCAAGAACGAAGAUGUCUUCUUGAACAUUGCAAGGACGGAUUCAGGUCGCCGCGACUCCCUUGGUCGUUCGGAUUUUAGACGGGUGAGUAGCCUUUCUAGGCGCAGAGGGGGAUAUGCUUCAUCCUCCAUGGAUCAUCGCACCGUUGCAACUCCUUCUCUCGCGGCUCGGAAGAUAACUGACACAAGAGGGGAGAGUAAUCAGUCGCGACUUGGAUAUUCUACACAAAGCCUUCGGUCGCCAACCACGCGUGCCGAGCCAGAACAAACCCCUUCCCCCGACCAGCGCUUUAGCAAUGUCGACAGCCCCUUGCUUUCACAGAAGGGUUCACCCACCACCCACACCGGCUCAGUCAACCACUCCCCAUCCGCUUCUGCCCACCCUCUCGACGACCCAGCUCGCUUCCGCUACUCGAGUCUAACCAGCGGCUCACGAUCGGUCAUUGGCGCCCCGCGGAGCAGACUUAGUCGAACGAGUCCAGAGACCUCCCCACGUUCACCCCCAGUCAGCGGCGAGCGACGGUCAUCUAUCCACGAGCCGCGCCUACGACAAUCCACUCUAUCUACGAUUCGCAGUAGCCGCCAACCGUCCUCUUCCGAGGUAACAGAGCGUGCACGAGGAGAUACGGACAAGGCGCGCGACGGGACUGAAUCCACUCUGUCAACCAACGCCCCUUCUACUGUCUGGGACGAACUAGACGACCUCAAGUCUCGAAUCCGCAAGCUGGAGCUAACCGGCAAACUGCCGCCAUCCUCCCAAGAAGCGAUUUCCGGCGCAGCUCAGGAACGACCACGAACUGCCGCAACUACCGUGACUGCAUUGUCGACUUCGCCGAGGCACCACCGCAAAGUCAGCACGCCCUCGGCAGAUGCUGACUAUGCGGCACAGAGCCAAGUUCACCCUCUGUUGCAGUCGGCAUUGGCGAAGGCCAAAGAUGUUCUGACGAGUGACGUGUACACGGCGCUAGAAGCGACGAUCAAAGAUGCCUUGACGCUCUCCACCAUGUUGGGCGUCAAUACAGCUCCGUCGGGCUCAGUCUCCGUCGUGAAUGGAGGGUACAGUUCGUCCGAGAGACACGCCCGCCGCAAAGCGGACAGCGUGUGUCGCAGCCUAACUGAGCUGUGUCUGGCUCUUACAGAUAAGCAGCUGCAGAGAAAUCGAUCGGCUUCGACGAACCACGCUCCGGGGGCACAACCUCCGCGGGCGAAUGGCGUUGAGAGUGAGUCCUUGGUGCCGGGACCAUCCUAUCAACGGGCUUCCAGUCACGAACCGGAGGGUCUGGAGCGGCGUCCAAGCACAAGCAGCCGCAUGUCCAGUCGCCUAGAAUCACGCAGACUGUCGUUGAUUAACCCCACAACAGCAACUACUGCAGAUACGAAACUAUCUCAAUCGCCGAGCGUGGCUCCUCCACCAAGUCGUCUGCAUCGCAUGUCGGCUUCUCUCCGCAGUCGCCGGCCACCAACCGAUGAAGAGACUCCGGAGACAGCGACCCCGCUAAAUCGGUCCCUGUCCAGGGCCAUGACAGAAGUGGGGACACCGAGCCCAGCGCAGAGUGUAUCACCGCGACAGCGUCUCUCUCAUGAUCGCUCAGUAUCUCGCUCAAUCCCGAGCGUUCAGCAGCAGGAACAACAUGAUCAGGGGUUGGGUGUCUCUCCCCGUACCUCACAGUAUCAGCAGCUCCCCGCCCCCUCGCAAACACCACAAGCUCAACCUCGAACCCCGACCUCCUUAUCUCAAUCAAGUAUCCCAUUCCGCCGCAGUUACAUGGCACCGGCUGUCUACCCCCCUGCAACAUCCCGCUCCAACAUUCAGGCUGGAUCUCGCCGAUAUGGCCUCUCGCCCAGUUUCUCUAGCACCACACCGGGCUCUGUGGCCGAAGAAAGCCCUCGACCCUCUCAGCUAGAUGCGCCCCAAACCCGCAUCAGCGUGCCCUCAGGCAAAUCCGCUACCAGCUACACCCCUAUUCAGCAACCUCGUCUCCGGACCAACAGCUUAGGCACACGGAGAUUCGGCCUAAGACGCCGCUCCGCCGCCGCACCUGACGACACCUUCAACUUUGACGACAGCAUCGACUAA